CUGUCGGAGCGUCCGAGGCAUUGUUGACUGACUAAUGAAGGCUAAAGGACCGCUCAUCUUUGGCUCAGGCGGGGUUGCAACGUGCUAACCCCCGUAUAAACUGUCAGCCGGAUGUUCUAUAGCUCAGGCUCACAGACCUUGCGCCCAUCAUGCUUCGCAUCGAGACCAUACAGGCGCUCUCCUCCCAUCCCCUGCCCAUAGCUGUUCUCGUGAUUGCCAGCGCCAUCUUUUGUAGAUGCUUCUACCGGAUCUACCUCCAUCCCUUGUCAGCGGUCCCAGGACCCAAGCUUGCCGCCUGCACGUCACUGUGGUUGACAUACCACACGUACAUCGGCGAUGAAUGCACGGUCGUAUAUGGCUUGCACCAAAAAUACGGCCCUGUCUUACGAGUCGCCCCCAAUGACGUCGACAUUGCCCACCUCGAUGCGAUUGAGCCGCUCUACUUCGCCUGCGGAGGGUUCCCCAAGGCCCGGCCAUAUUCCAAGUUCGAUCUCGACGGGCACGCGACGAUAUUCUCUACCUUGAAUCUGUCCGAUCGGGCGGCUCGCGCCAAAGCUGUGACUCCUCUGUUUUCAUCCGCCUCCAUUCGGAGCUCUCAGAAGGCUCUGGGCGAUGUCUUUGACGCUUUCGUGGCCAGGCUGCGGAGUGAGGCCCGCACGGCCAAACCGGUCAAUGUCCUCAACGCGGCCCGGGCCAUGGCAAUUGACGGUAUGAGUGCCCACCUCUUUCACGAGAGGUAUGGCGCGAUGACGGAGACGGCGGAUUUGAUGUCGGCCUCGCCAUUUGUGGACUCCUGCGUGCAGAUAGGUGCUUUCUUCAACCUGGUGCCUGGGAAAAUGGGAGAUGCUCUCAUGGCGAUGGUGGAACGCUGGUCGACAAAUACGAAGUUGAAGGAAUCCCACGGAUUGAUUGACAAGUACACGAGAAAGCUGGUUCAGACGGCAGUCCCGGAGAGUGGAAGCUACCAGAGCCGUCUUCUUGGAAAGCUAACUGCCGCACAAUGCCAAAUCGAACUCAUAGAUGUCUGCUUUGCGGGAACCGACUCGACGGCUAUGAAUACUGCAUCGAUCAUGUGGUAUCUCACAAAGCAGCCAGACAUCUACGCUCGACUCAGACAAGAGGUCCUGAAGACAACCCAAAAUGGCGAGGACCCGAUGACCUGCGCUUAUUUGCGCGGAGUCAUCCGGGAAGGUCUCCGAUUGUCGUGGUCCACUCCGGUUCGCCUGCCUCGUUUGGUCCCGGCUGGAGGAUGGCAGUGUCUGGGGUUUCACUUCCCAGCUGAAACCAGCGUCGGUGUUGCGUCCUACCAGCUGCACCAGGACAGUAGCAUGUUCCAUAACCCACAGCAAUUCGAGCCUGAGCGUUGGGAUAAUCCGAGUAGUGCAAUGCUCACGGCUUUCAUGCCUUUCGGUAAAGGUACAAGAUCAUGCCUUGCACAGCCACUGGCAACGUAUGAAGUCACCAUGUCUAUCUUCAAGGUGGUCGAAGCAGACCUACUCCGGGGCGCAACGAUUGUUCAAGAUAGAAUCGAGAUCAAGGAAUGGUUCAACACGGAGGUGAAGGGAGGGGAGAUCCUAGUGCAGUUUGCACAGUCGUAAGAUAGCAUACGUCCACAGUGAGAAAAAAAAAUAAAGAAAGUAAUAUAUUAAAACAUCAUGUUUGCACAAACAAGCAGAACAAUCCAUACAGCCCUCAGUCAGGCCACAAAUAUGUCACACAGAUAUGGUACCCUUAGAAAUCAUCUUGAGAAAAAUCAAUAUCCUUACCAUCCAGCCACUCCAUCAUCUCUUUAUAUAGUGCGUCACGCUCCUUUCCGAAUAGCUGAGGCAUGUUCGGUUUAAUCG